GCAGUCAGAGUAUGAUCCAGCUGCACCAUGAGUAUCUCCAUGUCGAGCCCCAUGGGACUCUUAGGAAUUAUCCCUGGACUCUUCCAAGUGGCCUUGCUCCUCAGCCUGGUUUUGCUGCUGAUCAACGUGGCCCAGUUCUACAUGCGCAGGCAGUGGCUGCUCAAAGCUGUGCAGGAGUUCCCAUCACCUCCCUCUCACUGGCUCUUCGGACACAAGUAUGAGUUUCAAAACGAUCAAGAGCUGCAACAGGCUCUGAAAUGGGUACAUGAAUUCCCAUGUGCCUGUACUCGCUGGAUGUGGGGGAGCAAAGCCUUCUUAAUGGUCCAUGAUCCUGAUUACCUAAAGGUGAUUCUGGGGAGAUCAGAUCCAAAGGCAAUGGGAUCCUACAGAUUGCUGAGCCCUUGGAUUGGCGAAGGUCUGCUCCUGUUGAAUGGGCCGACAUGGUUCCAGCACCGACGGAUGCUGACUCCUGCCUUCCACUAUGACAUCCUAAAGCCCUACGUGCAGCUCACGGCUGACUCUGUCCAAGUGAUGCUGGAAAAAUGGGAGGAGCUUGUCACACAGGACUCACAUGUGGAACUCUUUGAACAUGUCUCCUUGAUGACCCUGGACACCAUCAUGAAAUGUGCCUUCAGCUACCAUGGCAACGCCCAGUCGAACAGGAGCACCCACCCCUACAUCCAAGCCGUUGGAGACCUGUCCAACCUAUUUUUUUCACGUGUGAGGAAUGCCCUCUAUCAGACUGACAUGAUCUACAGAUUCACACCUGAGGGCCGCUUAAACCACCAAGCCUGCGAACUUGCCCACAAACACACAGACCAAGUGAUCAAUCAGAGGAAGGCUUAUCUGCAGGAAGAGAGAGAACUGGAAAAGAUUAAAAGGAAGAAGAACUUGGAUUUUCUCGACAUCCUCCUCUGUGCAAAAAUGGAGGACGGGAGCAGCCUGUCCGACCAGGACCUUCGUGCCGAAGUGGACACAUUCAUGUUUGAAGGCCAUGACACCACAGCCAGUGGCAUCUCCUGGAUCCUCUAUGCCCUGGCCAUGCACCCCAAACACCAGCAGACUUGCCGGGAGGAGAUUCAGAGCCUCCUGGGGGAUGGCUCUUCCAUCACAUGGAGCCAUUUAAGCCAGAUGCCCUACACCACCAUGUGCAUCAAGGAGGGUCUGCGACUCUACCCUCCAGUGCCAAGUAUUAGCCGAGUUCUCAGCAAACCUAUCACCUUUCCUGAUGGACGCUCCUUACCCAAAGGAAUCAUAGUCUCACUGAACAUUCAUGGCCUUCAUCACAAUCCAAAGGUGUGGUCCAAUCCAGAGGUUUUUGAUCCUUUCCGGUUUGCCCCAGACUCCACGCAACAUAGUCAUGCCUUUCUGCCCUUCUCAGGAGGAUCAAGGAACUGCAUUGGCAAGCAGUUUGCUAUGAAUGAGAUGAAAGUGGCCGUGGCCCUGACUCUGCUCCGAUUUGAGCUGGCACCAGAUCCCACCAGGGUUCCUAACCCUAUCUCAAGAGUUGUGUUGAGGUCCACGAAUGGGAUCCACUUGCACCUGAAGAAACUCUAAUAACCAUGUUCUGGAGAUCAGAAGUCUGAAAUGGAUUUCACCAGAUAAAAACAACUGUGGUACAAAGCCACCCCAAUCCCCUCCCAGAGACGUUCUCCUCCAUAAGGGCAAAAUGAGUCGAUGAGUCAGAAUCAACAGCUGUCCUUCAGUUCCUUAGAUAAUCCAUAAUAAUCUAUUUCAAAAUCUUCAAUAAAAUCUCAUCUAUAAAUUCA